UUAAUUAAAUACGAGGACAAGUCAAUAAGUUCUUAGAAAAUCUGUCAGAGGGCACUCGCAGUGUCAUGUCACAUUAUUUUUUGACAAGUAGCAUCUUUCAGCUGAUUACUGUCAAAUUUUGAACGGAAUUCAUCGCGUGGUUUCAUUUCUGUAGACGAUUAAAGCAAACAACCUUUGUAUUUUUUGCAAAAUAGAAAAAAAACGAGUUUCGUGCAGUGAUCAAACAUCUACAUAUGAAAGGUUUAACGCCGAAAGAAAUCAAAGCCGAGUUGGAUAAUGUUCAUAGCACAUCUACACCAACAUUUUCGACUGUAUACAAUUGGGUGAAUGAAUUUAAACGUGGUCGUACAUCCACAUAUGAUGCACCUCGUUCGGGACGUCCAAUUGAGGCUGCUACGCCAGAAAUCAUCGAUAAAAUCCACGAUAUUGUUUUGACUGAUCAACGAGUGAAAGUGCGCGAGCUUGUUGAGGCCACAGGCAUAUCACAUGGCACAGUGAUUUCAAUUUUGCACGAACAAUUGGGUAUGAAAAAGCUAUCGGCAAGAUGGGUGCCGCGUUUGCUCACUGUGGACCAUAAGCGCGACCGUGUGACGAUUUCAAAACAAUGUUUAGAGAUGUUUCAACCAUCUAGAUGA